UCUCUCUCUCUCCAACCAAAUCUCACUCUCUCGUUAAAUCAAGUACUCAGAUCCACCAGCCAUGCCUCUCUGAAACCUUGCCGCAGUUGUUCCCUGUCCCCGAUACAGGCAGAGAGAGAUGGCAUCGUCGUUUCCUCCCAAGCGUGCCCGGCCCGGUCCCUGGCCUCCGACCAGCCACAACGAUGCCAGUGCCACCACCACCACCAAAGGCGCAAUGGCCCCCUCCUGGGCCAAGCAGUCCGGCUUCAAGGUCCGCUUCUCCGGAGAGCCCGCGGCUGGCACCCGCGAUUCCGGUCAAGCUGUUGUUCUCCCAUCCCAGGAGCACGUGGUGCAGACUGAUUUGGAGUCCGGCCGUCCUCGCUCAACCCCUUCCUCUGCCACCGCCGUCGCCAAUGGCGUCCCUGAACUGGAGAAAAUGCAGCCCGCCAGCGCCCGGUCAGCGGGUACCAAAAGGCGGGAUUCCGACGUCACCGCUCCCAGGAGCGCCCGCGUGGACCCCUUGCCCCGUCCACCUGGCCGCCAGGACGAGCACGAGCCCUCCCCGCGCAUGCGGGGCGAUGAUCGAUCCUCUCCCCGCAGCUCGUACGUGAAGUACGAGCUCAGGGACUCUCCAGGACUCGUACCCGUUGUGCUCUAUGGAAUACAGCAUUACGUUUCCAUGGUGGGUUCAUUGAUUCUGACACCUCUCAUCAUCGUACCGGCAAUGGGAGGCAACAAUGAUGAUACUGCAACCGUGGUUUCAACCGUGCUGUUGUUGUCCGGAAUAACGACGCUCCUGCACACUCAUUUCGGAUCGAGGUUGCCGUUGAUACAGGGCCCAUCAUUUGUGUACCUUGCUCCCGCGCUCACGAUAAUCAACUCAGAUGAUUUUCACGGGCAAAACGGAGCUAGCUUCAAGCAUAUCAUGAAGGCACUGCAGGGAGCUAUAUUAAUCUCUUCUGCAUUUCAAAUGGUACUUGGAUAUAGUGGCUUAAUGGCAAUUCUUUUGAGGUUGAUCAGUCCGGUUGUUGUAACAGCAACUGUGACUGCUGUUGGCCUCUCCUUUUAUAGUUAUGGCUUCACUGAAGUUGGUAGCUGUGUGGAGAUUGGUUUGCCUCAGAUAUUAUUAGUGAUCAUAUUCGCUCUUUAUCUCCGCAAGGUGUCCGUUUUUGGCCAUCGGAUAUUUACAAUAUAUGCAGUUCCCUUGGGCCUAGUAAUCACAUGGGCAUAUGCUUUCCUCCUUACAGAAGCUGGAAUUUACAGCUACAAGGGUUGCAACUUAAACAUUCCUGAAUCAAAUAUAGUAUCAGAGGCUUGCAGAAAGCAUGUACCAAAGAUGAAGAGCUGUCGUGUUGACACUUCACAUGCACUAAAAGCUUCCCCAUGGUUUCGAUUUCCAUAUCCAUUUCAAUGGGGUACUCCUGUCUUUCAUUGGAAGAUGGCUCUUGUGAUGUGUGCGGUAUCAAUAAUUGCAUCAGUUGAUUCAGUUGGAUCAUAUCAUGCAUCAUCGUUGCUUGUGGCGUCAAAACCUCCAAGUCCAGGUAUUCUAAGUCGCGGUAUUGGUCUAGAAGGGUUGUCAAGUGUCUUGGCUAGCCUGUGGGGCACUGGAACUGGGUCAAGUACACUAACUGAAAAUAUACACACUAUAGCUGUCACUAGAAUGGGCAGUCGCAGAUCAGUGGAACUGGGAGCAUGCAUUUUGAUUAUACUGUCUAUGAUUGGUAAAAUUGGAGGAUUCAUCGCUUCAAUUCCUCUAGUCAUUGUUGCUGCCCUCACUUGCUUUAUGUGGGCCAUGCUUGCAGCCUUAGGGCUUUCAAGUUUACGAUAUAGUGAUGCCAGAAGCUCUAGAAAUAUUGUCAUUGUUGGGCUCUCACUGGUCUUAUCUUUAUCAAUACCAGCUUAUUUUCAGCAGUAUGGGAGGCUGCCAAGUGCUAAUCAUUCUGUACCCGGCUAUUUUCUUCCAUAUACGGUGGCGUCUCAUGGACCAUUUCGCACCAAACAUGAUGGAGUGAACUAUGUGCUGAACACACUGCUCUCAUUCCACAUGGUGAUUGCAUUUUUAAUAAGUGUCGUUCUAGACAAUACUGUCCCUGGCAGCUCCCAUGAACGUGGUGUGUAUGUGUGGACUCGAGCAACAGCUGCAAGGCAGGAAAGAGAUGUUGCCAAAGAUUAUGAGUUGCCUUACAGAUGUGGUGGGGUUUUCGGAUGGGUAAAAUGGGUCGGCUUAAUCAAGUACCUUCUCCAGCUCCCCAUGGCGCCAUGCCAUCUGGGAGGCUUCUCGGAUGGGAGAUUCCGCGUGGGAGUUGGCAGCUAUAACAUCUCCUACCAAACCCCACCCUCUCCCCUCAGCUUGGCACCACCAUUGCCAUCCCAGCUUCCCUUCUCCCCCUCCUCCUCUCUGUCUCCAGGGGAAGCGCCACACAAAACAAAACACAAGGAGAAAGGUCGCGCUAACGCAAUGCAGUCGCUCUCCUUCACCAAUUCCAUAUCGCUGGUCGAGCAUCACCUCAUCUUCUCCAGCGGCCACCACCCGAAGAAGCAGCCCUACCUCUCCAUGCCUGGCCACAGGUGUAAGAUCCACUGCGUAUACCGGCCGCCGGAUCCGACCAGCUUCUCCGGCGGGGCGGGUGGCCCCAGCCGAGCUGAUUGGCAGAGCUCCUGCGCCAUCCUCUCCAGCCAGGUGGCCGUAUCCCAGCAGCAGGAGACCGAGAAGCCGGAACCGCCGCCGCCCGCACCCCCUUCGCCGUCCCUCGAUCUCACCAAGGUUAACGGCCACGGAUCCCUCGACCUCGUCCCCCUCUCCUCCAAGCUUCCCAAGCCGCUCACCAUAGCCGAUCUGUCGCCGGCCCCGAUGCACGGGUCGGAGCUCCGCGUCGCCUACCAGGGCGUGCCCGGCGCGUACAGCGAGGCGGCCGCUCAGAAAGCAUACCCGAACUGCGAGGCCAUCCCCUGCGACCAGUUCGAGGUGGCUUUCCAGGCGGUGGAGCUCUGGCUUGCGGAUCGCGCGGUGCUCCCCGUCGAGAAUUCCCUAGGGGGCAGCAUCCACCGGAACUACGACCUGCUCCUGCGGCACCGCCUCCACAUCGUGGGCGAGGUGCAGCUUCCCGUCCACCACUGCUUGCUCGCCCUCCCUGGCGUCCGCAAGGAGUACCUCACCCGCGUCAUCAGCCAUCCGCAGGCCCUCGCGCAGUGCGAGCUUACCCUCACGAAGCUCGGCCUCAACGUGGCCCGCGAGGCCGUCGACGACACGGCCGGGGCGGCCGAGUUCGUCUCCGCCAACGGCCUGAGGGACACGGCGGCCAUCGCCAGCUCGCGCGCCGCGGAGCUGUACGGUCUGAACGUUCUGGCGGACGGCAUCCAGGACGACUCGAGUAACGUGACGCGGUUCGUGAUGCUGGCGCGUGAGCCCAUCGUCCCCCGGACCGACCGCCCCUUCAAGACCAGCAUCGUCUUCGCCGAGGACAAGGGCACGUCCGUGCUCUUCAAGGUGCUCUCCGCCUUCGCCUUCCGCAACAUCAGCCUCACCAAGAUCGAAUCCCGCCCACACCGCAACCGACCCAUCCGCCUCGUGGACGACGCCAACGUCGGCACCGCCAAGCACUUCGAGUACAUGUUCUACGUCGACUUCGAGGCGUCCAUGGCGGACGUCCGGGCACAGAACGCUCUCGCCGAGGUCCAGGAGUUCACGUCCUUCCUCAGAGUCCUGGGCAGCUACCCCAUGGACAUGACCCCUUGGUGCCCCUCCCGCGACGAUCCUCCCAACUCCCGUCACCCCCAAUAGAGCCCCAGUUACUCGAUUCCCUAUAUAUCUGGACGUCCUUCCACCCAUCAUCAGGUCUUUCGAUCGGCUAAUUCAUCAGCCCACCGAAGACAAUAAACAACACAAAACCAGAGCAAUCCGAUGAUCAUGCGGCUGCGUCGAUUCUUUAAUUGUCCAUGUCUUGCAUCAAAAUUUGAUAAUGAACACUAUUUAUUUGUCACCA